CAAGUCACGUGUGUAGCGCAUGUUGACGGGAAACUUGGGACUUCCUCAACUUUACAAUUGUCCAUUUUACCAACAUGGACGCACAGCUGACAUCGAUCGUACACGCGGAGUUGGAGGGCAUUCCAACAGAGCACCAUGAAAGGGUCUUAGCGUUAGCCAACGCCGUAGCCAACGCCGUAGCUAAUAGCCCACAAAAAGAGGCAAAGCUUACACCUUUUACGAAAAUGACUUGGUCGGAGAUGAAAAGCGCGGAAGGCCUACACCUCGAUGUUCGCAACGUAGAACUGGCGACUAGGAGAGCGGUGACUUCCUUGUCGUUGCCGCCAUUUCUAGAUAGCGUUCAGCCAACAGAACACCUCAAGGGGCAACUCGCUCGGCUCGAGCGUACCUGGAGUCGCAACUCUGAGGCUGGACGCCGUACCUUUGUCGAUGCCUUACUUGCUGAGGCCGUGGACACCUUUUACCAUGGCAUCUUGGUUGAUGAGAGGUCCAGCGAGUCCAUGCUCGAUAGCGUGGAUGUUGAGCCGCCGGAAUCAGGUUCUACCGCGCCUCUGCGAGUUUUUUCCGAAGUCGAAAUCAAAUGGAGCGGUGCUUGCAAAGGAGUAACCGGGAACGUUGAUUAUCUUUUUGGGCACGCAGAUGCGGACGAUGUGGAGGAAGGGAUGAAAGAUUCCUUUUUGAUUGCGGUUGAAGCGAAGAAAGAAUGGCCGGAUUCCGCAGUACGGCAAGCUAUUGCAGAAGGUGGCGUCCUUUUGCGAUACCGACAGAAGAACAACAAAACGGGACCUGUGUUCGUCGUCCUAACCAAUGCAACAUUUUGGGUGUUUUAUUGUAUUGACAAUAAUGGUGUUGUAUAUAGUUCAGGACCGGAGAUUGUUUUUGGGGAGACCACGCUGCCUAUGAUUCUGCGAUGGUUGCGCUGGUUUGUUAUGGCUGCUGCUGUCACCUCGCCGCGUGCUUCGACAGUAGAUAUGACGGACGAGGAAAAGACCAGGGUGCAGAGUUCAUUGACGGAGUACUGUGUAAAAUUGUGGGAAAAGAGGAGUAGAAAAUAAAGGAAGACCUUCUGGUGCGGUGCCUUGUAAUACUCCGUUCUCUCACUGAAGAGUUUCCGCCCAGCCUACUCCACCCUCAACCGGCUCAGUUUCGCCUUCU